UCCAGGUUCGCCACACCACGCUAUCCUCUGCUCUACUCCCACAGUUGUUUCUCCCGCGACAUGUUCGUUUUCUCCUUCGCAAUCGCAUCCAUGGAGCUAGCCGCUUCAGCUUCGGUAUCCGUCUGCUCGGCGUACCACCACCUUUCAACGCCGGCUGAGGCCAACGACGACAGCACGCGGUCCGAACCGCAGCUGCGGCGUCGGAGGAAACAGGCCGGCGGCAAUGGCUUCGGCGGGCUCCGGUCCCGGUGCCAUGCUGUUCUGAAGCAGCAGAGGACGAGGCUGUACAUCCUCCGGCGAUGCGUCUCGAUGCUCCUGUGCUGGAACGAGCACGACAUGUCCGACUGAGCUCACACGAAGGCCUGGUGGUUUUUUGUGCGGGCUGGGUCAGGGCCGGGCCUGUAGGUCGGUUCGGUCUGUAGGAAGGAAUGGUAGUGUUUGGUGUACAGUAUUCCGUACUGGUUCAUCUUUUUUUCUGAAAAAAAUGACAUGAGUUUUUUUUAAUCUGAUGAUGUGUAAGUGAAUGAGAAAUGUAAUUGACAUGUAAUGUGCUUACCGGUACAACUUCUGGUUAUGGAUAACUGGUUAUCUUCA